CUCGAGUUGACGGUGAUCCGAUUGUUGAAUCCCGGGGAAAUCAUCAAAAGUGUGGAAAUAAAAUUGGAAAUUUUUUGGUUUUACCGAGUCAUUAGAUAGUAUUUUCAAAAUUGAGGGUCAGGAAUUUUGGGACAACUCAAUCAUUCUGGGGAAAAUAAUGAUGGAGACGCGAUCGGCUGUUUAUAAAAUGCUGAAGCCCGUAGCUAAUGAAGAAAGACGAAUUUCAAAUUGGCCUCCGCCAUUUUCCGGCUCAAUAACGCCUUAUAAGGAGCGUGAAUUUAAUAAUCUAGUCCUUCAGGCGUGUUCAUCGGCAUCAACAGCCCCAAGAAUCGCCAAAGUAAUAGUUCUGGGUGACGUGGCGGUUGGAAAAACGUCUCUCGUGAAUCGAUUCUGUCAUAAAAAAUUUGACAAUAACUACAAGGCAACGAUCGGAGUGGACUUUGAAGUCGAGCGUUUUGACAUUCUUGGAGUUCCCUUUAACCUUCAAAUAUGGGACACAGCGGGUCAGGAACGAUUCAAAUGCAUUGCAGCGUCUUAUUACAGAGGUGCCAAUGUGAUAAUGAUAGUCUUCGAUCUGGGGAGUUUGUUCACCCUGUCCCACGCUAAACAAUGGCUCGAGGAGGCGUUGAAGAGUAAUACGGGGCCUUGUCACAUCUUCUUGGUGGGAACAAAGAGGGAUUUGCUGUCGAAUCAAGUUUAUGAGAUAAUCGAGAGACGGGCGGAAGCAGUUGCUGAGGCUAUGGCGGCCGAGUACUGGGCGGUGUCGGCGAAGACUGGUGAUGGUAUUCCUGAGCUAUUCUCUCGUAUCGCUGGACUAUCUUUUGAAGCAACUGUUUUGAGAGAAAUUAAAUCCUCGAGGAGGGAACCUGUGACUGUUGGGUCAGACUUGAUAAGUCUUAAACGUCAUCCGGAGAUAGAGAAGAAGGAGAAGAGGCUGCCAAAAUGGUUAAGAUGCGCCCCUUAAAUACCAGAGAAUGUACUAUUAACUCCCCGAUUUUCUAUUUUACCCUAGUGACUUAAUUUCCAUUUUAAUCUAGUCAAAAAUAUUUUUUACGAUUUAAUUUCAAUAAAAAAACGUAUCAUAAAUUAUUAUUUCUCAAAUUGAGAAUUGAUUUCAUUAAAAAAAUCGUUUUACCCCACUAUCAAAAAAAACCCUUCGCAAUUUUGAUUUUCAAAAUUUCAAAUCGUAGGAUAUCUAAAGACCGACAGGACCAAACCCAAAAUUUUCUCCCUAAAAAAAUUUCUCCAUCUUCUCAAUAGAACCCUCUUUUCUCCCCCUCCAGCCCCUUUCAGCACACCACAAAAUGGCGGAGUGCAAGUUGUCCCAUCCAUUCACCAAAGAAAUUAUCCCACCCAAACAAAAAAUGAAAAAAAAAAAUUCUAAAUAUUCCCCCACCCAUUUUCCAUCAUUUCAUCCCCCUAAAAAAUGUCGAAUAAAAUAUUUCAAAAAAUCGUGAAUAUUCCCGCCAAUGAUUAUCGCCACCAUCCCCCCCUCACAAAAUGG